AACGCUUCGACGACGACGAAGAAGAAGAGAGACAGAGGAGAGGAGAAGAAGGGAGCUUCCAUAUUCCCUUUUGCCCUAACCGUCGCCAUUUUCAGAGGGACCCGGUCGCGCUUUCGCCGGCGCCGCGGCCCCGCUGAUGCGAAGUGCCCGCGCGGUUGGCGCGGAGCCGCCGUUUUGAUACCGAGCACCGCAGCCGUUGCCGUUGCUGGGGAUCCCGCGAAUCGGGGGGGUGAUUGGAUGAUUGAGGAUGCAGCCGCGGGUUGCGGAUUGAAGGCAUUGUUGCGUUGGUGGUGUGUGGUGCGGCAGCUAUGGCUCAGCAAUCGUCGCGACUCAAUCGGCUGCUCACUCUUCUCGACACUGGUUCGACUCAGUCCACGAGGUUCGCCGCGGCUCGCCAGAUUGGAGAUAUCGCCAAGUCGCAUCCCCGGGACUUGGCCUCUCUCUUAAAGAAGGUUGCUCAAUACCUUCGUAGUAAGAAUUGGGAUACGAGGGUUGCUGCAGCUCAUGCUAUAGGCGCCAUUGCUCAGAAUGUUAAGCACACAUCUGUGAAUGAGAGAAAAUAAUCUGAAAAAUGAGCCCCCUUUAAUUUUUGGUGGGAAAAUCCUUAUAUACCUCCCCCAAGUGUGAAUUCUAGUCAUUUGAUUGAUCCAAUGGCCUAAAAUCUUCCCUUAGUGAUUAAGAAUAUUCUUUAGAGGCUAAGGAUAAGUG